UUGGAAACAUGUCGUGUUGUCUCUCGUACAGGUGAGUGAACCUUUUACAGGUGUGACUAUGUAUGGAGCUCCUGUGGAUUUAUCUUUUAAACACAUCAGCAGUUUGGCAGAUGCAUGGACAGAGGAACCCACCAGUGGCCUACGGCCUUUAAAGAGAAAUUCAGAGAUGAAGUACCAAAGCCACUCACUGCGUCUCAAUAAUAACAACAUCACUGACCUUCAUGACCUCCAGAAGACUGUUAGCGACUUCCUGGCUGAGCCAUUACAGCUCGCCUGGCUGGACCUUUCAUUCAACCAAAUCACACAUGUAGAACAUGUUUUGUGUGAGCUGCGUGAGCUGCGUGUGUUGUAUCUUCACGGUAACAGCAUUUUUAUUCUGUCAGAGGUGGACAGACUGGGAGUGCUGCCACAUCUACACACCAUCACUCUACAUGGAAAUGUCAUUGAAGCCAACAAAGCUUACAGGAAUCGUGUGAUUAAUGCUUUGCCUCGGUUAAAGACAAUGGACUUCAGUGCUGUAACACGGCAGGAGCGAGUCAUGGCAAAGAUCUGGCAUCACAGCAACAACCACAGCAGACGCAAGGAAACUCUCCAGUGACUGCUCACUCAUCUCCAUUGUGGUGUGUUAAAAUCAUAGUUUCACUCAAAUGACCUGUGCUCCACAUCCACUGCUGAAAAACUUGUACAAUAUUGAAUAUGCAGUAUGUUUGCCUGUGUAUAUCUGGUCAUAUCUGCAUUGUUAUUGUUUGUUUAUUUUUUUUUAUCUACUGAUAUGAACAAUUUAUUAUUAGAUAGUCCAAACAGGAGUCAGGGCUACAGCUUUCCAAAACAGUCUGAUAGUGAACAGUGAGUGAUCCUGAGAUAUCGGCUCUCACAUGCUAUAGAUGCAUGUCAAUUCUUUAAUAUUGUUGCAAACAUGGGUGUGGAUUGUGGAAUAUUUUACAUUUAACCUUGGCAGAUGCUUUUAUCCAAAGCAACUUACAAGUGAGGGACAUCACUAAAGCUAUGCUAAUAUUUGAAUAUUGUUAUGGAUUAUCUUGCUGUAACAAAGAGAAGUAGUUAUUAUUGUCAGUGAUGGUCUCUGAAUUACUGCACCAGUUACU